UAACAAAAUUAUAAAAUAACAUAAGUAAUAAGGGAAUGUACACGUGCGAUCUAAUAGUGAGUCACCACAAGUGUUCCAGUAACAAAGGAGAUUCUGAAAUGCAUGGAAACUCGUACAAUUUGUAAAAUACAUGAAAACGUGGACGAUUCGUAAAAUACAUGGAAACACGUACAAUUUAUAAAAUACGCAGCCAAAUUUGGGUAUAAGAAGAGCCAGACCAUCAACAGCACUUCAGUCUAAGAAGUCAGUCAAGAAAAUGUAGUCGUCAAAAUUAUAAGUCUCAAAUUGAGAAGUGGUGCUCCGUACAAGUCCAGUCUUAAAAUUUUAUCUAUAACAAGUGGUUCUCUACGACGCAGUGCUCUAAACUCAGUUUCAGUAGUUGUCCUUUACUCUACGUAAUUUCAAAAGUGCAUUUUGGAAAGUCAAUCUGGAAGUCAAAUUUGCCAUUUGAAAGGAGUGUUCCUGUUUCUCGAGACACAAUACUGCAUCCACUUACAAUUAGUCAACCAUUAACGGACUAGUGCCAUUAUACCUGAGCGACUAGCAUCACCCUUUGUCCCAAGGCUUUAUAUGACUGCUUACCCGAAAAUAGAAGGCUAAAUAGCGAGGAAAAAGAAUUGGCUAUCCAAGAACUAAAGUUAAACGCCAAUAAAAAAAAGUUAAACAGCAAUUGCAAACUUUAACACGAAAAAAAGUUCUGUCUAAAGAUUUGUGCAAUUUAAUACCUCGAACGUAGGAUGGAAAUGACUUAAUGAAAGCAAUUUCCACGCUCCAAAAUGACUAUGGUGCCGAUUGUGAACUUUUAAUUAAAGAGGGUGAUAUAUUCGAAGGAAUUAUGUUCAUCACUAACGAUAUGAAAAAAUAUAUGGCUGCUUAUCCCAAGUUCAUAGGUGUGGAUGCAACAUAUAAGUUGCUUGAUUUAAGAGCACCUCUUUAUCUGAUUGUGGUUGAAGAUUCUCAGGGCCAGACGCAAAUCGUGGUAGGAUGCAUUUUAAUGCAUGAAACUCACGAUAAUAUAAGAUGGUUCGUGGAUACAUUUUAAAAAAAUCCUUCAUGGGAAAAAGUUAAGACUAUAAUGGCAGAUAAAGAUAUUUCGGAAAGAGAAAUUUUUAAACAAAGUUUCCCGAAUGCGAAAGUUCUUAUAUGUAUCUUCCAUACUGAGCGUACUUUUUGCAG